CUACUCAUCUUGGACUCCAUCACAAGACGGGAACCAUGGAAAACGCUUGGUUUGCUGUCAUCGCACUGAUGUACCUGAAGUAUUCUGUGAUGGCUGAUGCUGCUCCAAUCUGUUCUUACGGGCAGGCUACAUGUCAUGUUCCUUCCCUAGCAGAUCUCUUUGACAGGGUCAUACAGCAGUCUUCAAGAAUGCAUGGGAUCUCUACUGAUCUGCACUCUGAGUUUGAUCACUACCUUCCCAGCAAGAACUUUAUAGGAAAGCAGAGAUGUCAUACAUACGCAAUUCUAACCCCAGACGACAAAGAGAAGGCACAGAGACUAGGGCGAGAACAGCUGACAGAGGUGAUCCUGAGGCUCCUGAUGGCUUGGGGUGACCCACUUUCACAACUCCACUGGAGCAUGUCACAGGACCAGAAUCAAGAUUUCAACCAAUAUAGAUCCAAUAAAGCACUGGAGAUUAGUGACAUUGUACGAGAGCUGAAAGAUGGAGUGAUAAAAGUGGCCGAGAGGAUGAAGCGACUUGGAUUGAAUGGUAACUUUGUAAGCUACAUCUCUCCAGAGAAUGUGGAUCCAUUUUCUGCCAUUUCCUUCUAUAAACGAGGAGAACUCAACUCAGUGGACCACCAGGACCUGCUCUACUGCUUCCGCAGAGAUUCCCACAAAGUCAAAACUUAUCUCCGCAUCCUGAAAUGCAGCACAUUCCCUACACUGGACUGUUAACAGUACCAGCAAAGUUAGUUGUAUUAAAGUAUGGCAUCUUGAAAAAAAUGUGGACGUUUUCUUGUAAUUCUUACAAUAGUAUUGUUCAAAAUAAGCUUGCUUUUGGACCUUACGCAUAAAAAAAAAAAAAUAAAAACAAGUUGAACCUG